UUGCUUUUUGUAUGAGUAGGAUAUUUGCAUGCAGCAUUUGCACAGCUUCAUUGAGGUGUGUUGCAGGUUGGAUUAUUACAUUAUUCUAAUUGGAUUGAGCACAGGCGAUCGGUGGAGGAUUAAAGACUGUAGAGUGAGAGGUUAUAGAGCUGUUCUCUACAUUCACUCAUACAGACACCAGCAUGAAGGAUCCACAGCUACCAGGUACCAAAAUACUAAAUGUCUUGAAGCGACAUGGGAAAAAAGGAAAGAAUGAGCCAGUGGCCCAACCUGCACAGACAGAACCAGAAAAACGCAAGGUUCCGUUACUAACACCUGAACAACGAGCGAAGCAGACAGCCUUCGAGAGGGUCCUCUAUGACAUGUCCCACAAUGACCGGAUCAUCGAUGACGUUAUGCUGGCGAUUGCUUUCUAUGAACUCAGAGGGGAAAUAGGGACAGGAAAUUUCUCCCAGGUCAAACUGGCUGUUCACGCUUUGACUAAAGAGCGUGUAGCAGUCAAGAUUCUAAACAAGGCCCGUCUCGACAAGAAGUCACAGAAUGUAUUUGCCUCAGAGAUCAUCUGUAUGGAAAAACUCAGCCAUCCAAACAUUGUGCGUCUGUACGAGGUGCUUGAGACCAGUAAGCAUUUGUACAUCGCUAUGGAGUAUGGCAGUGGAGGAGACCUGUUCUCACGGAUCUCCACCAGAGGGCGCCUGUCAGACCUGGAAAGCAAGCUCAUAUUUGCCCAGAUCGUCUCAGCCAUCAAAUACAUGCAUGAAAACAACAUUAUCCAUCGCGACCUGAAAGCAGAAAACAUUUUUUACACCACAUGCUACUGCAUCAAAGUGGGCGACUUCGGCUUCAGCACCGUCAGUGAGCCGCCGGAAACUCUGACCACGUUUUGCGGCUCUCCGCCGUAUGCGGCGCCCGAGCUCUUCAGAGACAAAAGCUACGUGGGCCGUUAUGUGGACAUCUGGGCGCUGGGUGUCCUGCUCUACUUCAUGGUGACCGCCACCAUGCCUUUCUACGCCGACAACUUAGGCCGACUGAAACGCUGCGUCCUGCAGGGGGCGUACAGCAUCCCACCAUACGUCCCUGACCCCUGCCAACUGGCUAUCAAAGGCAUGCUGAGACCCGUACCAGUGGACCGCACCACGGUGUCACAGCUGAUGAUAUGCUCCUGGAUGAAGGGCAUCGAAUACCCCAAACCCUAUCCCGCUUUCAGCAUGACGCCCAAUUCCCUAGCUGACCCUGCGAAGAGCCUGUGCGUGGAGGAACGGGAAGUAAAGUCAGCCCUGAGUGAGCUGGGUAUCAGUGCCACACAUCUGCAGAAUAACACCUGCACUGACUGUCGCAGCCCAAUAACAGGAACUUACCGUAUCCUGCUACACCGCAUCCAGAAGAGGAGAUCCGUGGAGGCGGUGGGAUAUUCCGCCCUGUACCAGGAGGAUUUUGGCACCAAGAAAUACUGGGCCAACAGCGCAACUGCUAAGCACAAUGCCUCUGCAGUUUGUACUGUCGCAUGAAGACAAUUGAAAUCAUAUUUGAAUGGUCCAGGUGUGGAGAAUACGUCUGAUGCCAUGUUUCAGGAAGUAAUACAGUUACAUGUAUGAAAUUCAUCACAAACCUAGCAACGCAGCAUUGAUCCCAAGAUUAAGCUUAUACUUUUAUUCAUAUUUUCGUAACAUAC